AUGCGCAGUACAGGUUGCCGACUGCACAAUGGUUUUAGGUGCUGCCUGCGUUACGACAUGGUCGACAUGGCUGACCCGUCCAAGUCUGUCCCUGAGCGGACCUUUCAGUUCCAGAAGCAUCUUCCUCCGCUGCCUUUGCCCUGUUUACACCAGAGUCUACAGAAGUAUCUAGAAGCAGUAAAACCGUUUGCGUCAGAGGAGGAGUUACGGACCACUGUCCAAAUCGUGCAGGAAUUUGAAGAUGGUGUCGGCAAAGACUUGAACCUCAAACUACAGCAGCGAGCAAAGCAGAGGAGAAACUGGUUGGAGGAGUGGUGGUUGGACACGGCGUACCUGGAGGUGCGAGCUCCUUCUCAGCUCUAUGUGAACUUCGGAGGCCCCGCCCCCUACCUGGAGCACUGCUGGCCUCCGGCUGAAGGGAUAGAGUUGCAGAGAGCCAGCCUCUGCACCUGGCUCUCCCUGCAAUACUGGGAUAUGAUCCGAACUGAAAAACUUCCUCCACAAAAAGCGGGGAAAACUCCACUGGACAUGGACCAGUUCAGGAUGCUCUUCAACACCUGUAAAGUACCUGGCAUCACAAAGGACAGCAUUCAUAAUUAUUUCAAAACAGAGUCUGAGGGGGCGUGUCCAGUUCAUCUCGUCGUCUUGUGUCGGGGACGGAUUUUUAUGUUUGAUGCUGUUUAUGAUGGAAAAAUCCUGACGCCUCCUGAGCUGUUUAGACAGUUGAGCUCCGUGAAAGAGCAGUGUGAGAGCAGAGCACGGGGCGACGGGGUGUCUGCGCUCACAUCAGAGGAGAGGACUCGUUGGGCGAAGGCCCGGGAGCAUCUUGUCAAUCUGGACCCACGCAACAAGGACCAUCUGGAGGCUAUUCAAAGCUCCUUGUUUGUCAUUUCUUUGGACGAAACCAAGCCAUACUCCACACCAUACAACUACACAAAUAUGACAUUGGAGGCCAUGGUCGGUGAUCCCUCGAUUCGCUGGGGGGACAAGUCCUACAACUCCAUUGUGUAUUCAGAUGGCACUUUUGGAUCCAACUGUGAUCACGCGCCGUACGAUGCCAUGGUCCUUGUGUCUCUGUGCUGGUACAUGGACCAGCAGCUGCGAGCCACAGGUGGAGAAUGGAAGGGACCGGACACCGUAAGACCUCUGCCGUCUCCGGAAGAGCUGGUUUUCACUUUGGACAGUAAAGCGCUGAGCGACAUCAGCCACGCCAAGAAGCAGUAUCAGGAGACGACGCAGGAUCUACAGGUUGUGUGCUACGCCUUCACUGCGUUUGGAAAAUCCGCCAUCAAACAGAAGAAGCUGCAUCCUGAUACUUUCAUCCAGUUGGCGAUGCAGCUGACCUACUAUCGCCUUCACAACAAACCUGGCAGCUGUUAUGAGACGGCCAUGACGCGUAAGUUCUUCCACGGACGCACAGAGACCAUGCGGCCCUCCACCUCCGAGGCAAGGGACUGGUGUAAGGCCAUGCUGGACCCCCACUGUGACAUGAACACUCAGAGGAAACUGAUGCUCUCUGCAUUUGAUAAACACAACCAACUAAUGGCCGAAGCUCAAGAAGGAAAAGGUUUUGACAGACACCUCAUGGGCCUUUACCUCGUCGCAAAAGAAGAGGGACUUCCUGUUCCAGAUCUAUUUAAAGACCCGCUCUAUUCCAGAAGCGGAGGUGGGGGUAACUUUGUGCUAUCCUCCAGUCUGGUGGGCUACACUACCGUCCUGGGGGCAGUGGCUCCCAUGGUGCAUCAGGGAUAUGGAGUGUUUUAUCGCAUUAGAGACGACAGGCUGGUGUUUUCGGUGUCUGCGUGGAAAUCCUGCCGAGAGACUGAUGCUGCGGUGUUCUUUAACCUCCUGUCGAGUUCUCUGCACCAGAUGCUGCAUCUGUCCACAAGGGCCCAGCUGUGA